AUGGCAACUGAUUCAAUUACUGGUGUUUAAUGGUUACAGGUGUAGGUAGAAUAUUAUGAGAAAAUAAAUUAGGUAGUAAGUAUAGAAUGUAAAGUAUUAGGUAAUUUAUUUUAUAAACUAAAAGUAAUGCAUUGUACACGAUGCAUUAUUGUAAUCAAAAAUCAAUGCUUAGUGGAGAGUUAUGUUGUAUUAGUAUAACAUCAAAUCCUCCCUCAAGCAUACCCAAAUUCUCUGUUUUGCUGACGACAUACAGAUCUUCCUAAAGAUUAACACUUUUGAGGAUUGUCUCAACUUGCAAGAUGAUCUCAAUAAUUUUUCUGUCUGGGUUGAUACUCUCGAUCUCUCAUUAAGUAUUAAUAAAUGCCGGUCAAUGACAUUCACCAGAAGUCGCUCUCCUACUACUUAUUCUUAUACUUUGAAUGGCUCCAACUUGAUUCCUGUUGAUUCUAGCAUUUGUGAUCUUGGCUAUACUUUUACUUCCUCUCUUCGUCCCCGUGCUCAUAUCGAUAAAAUUACAUGCAAAGCCUUAAAGGUAUUGCAUUGGGUUUCAUUAAAAUAAUAUCCAGUGAUUUUAAACUUCCCCGGUCUCUUAAAUUCAUUUAUUGUGCACUAGUACGACCAGUUCUCGAAUAUGGCUCUGUUGUUUGAGAUCCACAAACGUCUGAUACCUGUUUACAACUCGAACGGGUGCAGUGUAAAUUCUUUUGCUACAUGA